GGUCUUACUAAGGAACAAAUAGAUAUUGGCAUUAAUGAUGAUGUUUUAACAAUCAAGGGCGAAACUAAACAAAGCCAAGAGCAUAAAGAGGGUACAACUCAUAUCCAAGAACGCCGUUGGGGUAAAUUUGAGCGUUCGCUUUCACUUCCCAAUAAUGUGAAAACUGAGGAUAUUGAUGCUAAAUUUGAAGAUGGCGUUCUUGAAUUAAAACUUCCAAAAAUUGAACCUAUCGGCAAAAAGAUUAGCAUUCAAUAA